AAAAGGAUGAAAAGGCAGCCCUGGUCACUCGCCCCAGCCGGGGCCUCGGUUAGGGCAGCGGAGAGAGGCGACCCCGGCCCAUCCCGGGGCGCAGCCCCGCCUGCACCCCCGCGCUCACCCAGCAGCGGCCGAGCAAAGAACGGGCUCCAAAGGCCUCCGGACCCGCACAACGGGCAGAAGGGGUGGUAGCAUGUGCAAUCCCAGAGCCCCGGGAGCCCAGCCUCCAGCAACGACUCCCUGCGGCCCGACGCCGACGCCGGGACGCGCUUCUCCCGCCGACCGUUUGUAUUCUGAGCAGCGGGUGGAAGCCCGCCACGCACCGCGGCAGGACCUUCCAAGCUGCCGGCUCCCCUGCGCUCCUGGAUUCCCCGCUGCAGAUUCCACAGCACGUUCGUACAGAGGCCUGGGAAGACUGACCCUGCCGAGAGUCUUUUCUACGUCCAGUCCGAUCCCAAGGUGCAGAUUCGAAGUCUGCCUGGUUCUGAGGCUCAGAGGGGCUCGGACUGCGAAGUGAGAGACCGGGACUCUGUGGCGAAUCGUAGAUCGAGGGGAUAAAAAUACUUCUUCUUGAAGCGCCCCCGAAUACGGACGUCACUUCCGGCAACAAUAGGAAACGUCAAAACUCGGAGAGUCGGCCGCUCAGGCUGCUGCAGCCUGGGGCACGCUGAAUUCGGAGGGAUCAGGUGCUGUUUCUGGAAUUCUCCCCGACCUCACCUCCACCAGCGUGAACAAAUAAAGUUUGAACCGGCUUCUCCAUGGCCUGGGCACCCCUUCCCGGCUGAGCCAUUUUCUUUUUGGCUGAAAGCCCCCGCCCAGAGGCCGAUUCGUCGCGGCGGCGGUGGGGAAUCGCAGGUCGCUCAGGCUUGCAGAUGGGUCAGGGGCUGUGGAGAGUCGCCAGAAACCAGCAGCUACAGCAGGAAGGCUACAGUGAGCAAGGCUACCUCAGCAGAGAGCAGGGCAGGAGGAUGGCUGCCAGCAGCAUUUCUAACACCAGUCAUCGCAAACAAGUCCAAGGGGGCAUUGAUAUAUAUCAUCUUUUGAAGACAAGGAAAUCGAAAGAACAGGAAGGAUUCAUUAAUUUGGAAAUGUUGCCUCCCGAGCUAAGCUUUACCAUCUUGUCCUACCUGAAUGCAACUGACCUCUGCUUAGCUUCCUGUGUUUGGCAGGACCUGGCCAAUGAUGAACUUCUCUGGCAAGGGUUGUGUAAAUCCACUUGGGGUCACUGUUCCAUAUACAAUAAGAACCCACCUCUAGGAUUUUCUUUUAGAAAAUUGUACAUGCAGCUGGAUGAAGGCAGCCUCACCUUUAAUGCUAACCCAGAUGAGGGAGUGAACUACUUUAUGUCCAAGGGCAUCCUAGAUGAUUCACCAAAGGAAAUAGCAAAGUUUAUCUUCUGUACAAGAACACUAAAUUGGAAAAAACUCAGAAUCUAUCUUGAUGAAAGGAGAGAUGUCUUGGAUGACCUUGUAACACUGCAUAAUUUUAGAAAUCAGUUCUUGCCCAAUGCACUGAGAGAAUUUUUUCGUCACAUCCAUGCCCCUGAAGAGCGCGGAGAGUAUCUUGAAACACUUAUAACAAAGUUCUCACAUAGAUUCUGUGCUUGUAACCCUGAUUUAAUGAGGGAGCUUGGCCUUAGUCCUGAUGCUGUCUAUGUACUGUGCUACUCUUUGAUUCUACUUUCCAUUGACCUCACUAGCCCUCAUGUGAAGAAUAAAAUGUCAAAAAGAGAAUUUAUUCGAAAUACCCGCCGUGCUGCUCAGAACAUUAGUGAAGAUUUUGUGGGGCACCUUUAUGACAACAUCUACCUUAUUGGCCAUGUGGCUGCAUAAGAGCACAAUUGCUAGGACUUUAACCUUUAACUUCAAACUAAAACUACCCAAGGACUUAUUUAGAGGAUAUGGGGGUUACAUUAGUGCUGGUCAUUCUAGCCUCUGUAUACAAUCAAGCUUGAGUGUACAACCUUUUUUUCUUUUACUCUUUUCUUUUUUAGUAAUUUCCUUGGGGAACUAAAGAAUUUUGCAGAAUUUUUCUUAAUUUUGCUUAUCAUGUUUUGCACAAAGCAGAGCCAUUGUCUGACACAGCUGUUUAAGAAUGUUAAACUGACAUUAUACUCUAAAAAAGAUGGUAUAUUUGUGCAUUAGAUUUGCCUGAAAAACUUUAUUCAUUUCCAUUCUUUUUUAAAAUACCAUGUAAUGUGUACAUAUUUAACUAAAAAGAUUUAUAAUCAUAAUUAUUUUAUUGUAAAGAUUUUAACUAAAGCCUUUCCUUUUUCUCUCAAA